CGAUCAACUCUUCUCCGAUUUCAAAAUUCCAUCAACUAUUUUCCUGGAACUGCUGUUACAACCUAGUUAUUAUUAGACUGCGGAUCUUCGUGCAAAAUAAAAAUUGUUCCUAUCGCUUGUAUAACAGAGUGAAAUAAAAAUGUGCAUUUCCUUUUAAUACUGUCGUUAAAGUGAAAGCGAUAGCAUUCAUAAAAUUUCCCUGUGUCUUACAAUUACUCGUUUUAUUAUUGAACUUUCUAAAAUGAUAAAUAUUCUAUGAAAUUAAAUUCUUUGACUACGCUGUCCUUUAAUUAAGCAUUUUUAUCAUAAAUGCAUAAAAUCCGCAGUCCAGUUAUUCGCAAAUCCAAAUUGCCAUCAUAUCAAAUUAUUCAGAUAUUAUUAAAUUAUCAAAAUAUUAAAAUAUUAUUAAAUUAUUAAAUUACAACUAUUAAAUUAUUAAACAUUAAACCAAACGAAAUCCAUCGUACAAACGACCAGACCCAUAGAGUCAUCCCGACCCAAACUCGAGGAUCGCCGGUUCCCAGGCGACCUUGCACGCGUCAAUUUUCGGGUUGCAAUAUCGCCCUCGAAACUGGAGCCUCCAAUCUAAAAAAAAAAAGAAAAAAUAGCCCUUGCCCCGUAUAUUCGAGCCGUUCGCAAGCCAGCAGAGUCUCGGCGGUGAACCGCACGCAACAAUGAAUCUCACCGGCACCGACCUAAUAGUUCCCAGAAACGGAGGGUGUAACGCGGCCCUCUCGUCGUUGUGUCGCCCGACGAUAGGAUAGUGUGCGGCUAGGUGUUCACAGCGACAACCAGUGGUUUUCUGUCGUUCCGCGGUAAUCGUCGUAAAGGCGUGGCAGGGUACCGUCGCCGUCAGCAUUUUUCAAGAAUCGCGUAGCCGGGAAAUCGAUUAAACGGACGUAACAGCGGCGGGCGACCGACUCCGGCCUCUGGCCAGCCGUGAUUACGAUUGCCAGACGGAGUCCGGGGCUAUCGUUGGCAGCGGCGGGACACGUUGGAUUAGCCAUAGAUACGCCGUAGAUCGAUGGAAGCCUCGCAGCUGACUGUCCGUGUGCAGCGUCACGCGAUACGGUUCAAGUGCAUCGCCGGUGAAAAGCAAACGGCCCGUUCCGCUUUUCCGCCGAACUCGCCGAGGUUUUCCGCGCCGAGGAUUCGCGGAGCGGAGCGCCGAGGCAGCUAAACGACGCCCGGAGAACGCGGCGGAGCCGAGGCAGCGAUCGCGGGCAGGUUGAUUAAUCAUUGAUCGCCGGCGAAGACGGACACCUGUGGGCAAACGGUGAUUAAAGAAACAUCGGUAGGCUCGCAUAAAUACCGGCGGCGGUCGCGCCCACCUAACAGGGUGUGUCUUUCACGUGCCGGCCAGUCGUUAACCACCGCUCGAGCGUGGUCGGGGUGAGACGACGAUCCGCGGCCAAGAGGGAUCGAUCGGCCGCGGUGAUCGCCUCCGUUCCGGCUCGAGGUCCCGGCUGAUCGUCGCUGUUGCGACACGUUUCUUCGAACCCGCUUCGCUCCCAAUGCACAGACAAUAGCCGUCGAUAGCUACCGACGAGGUCUACGGAACCGGUUUCCCGGCGCGGGACGCAGCAGUCAGGACCGUUUUCGACAGCCACCCUCGUCGCAGCCUCGACCAGGGUCCGUCGCGAGGACUCUCGAGCGAGAAGGAGCAUCGCAGGAUUAGAUCCUCGAUCCAAGAUCGAUCGACCUUCGCAGUUCUUCGUCCUCCCGGAACUUAUCCUCGAGCUAGAAACGCGCCAGUUUCGAGCCGGCCCGGGCGCCUCGAUGGAAAUCCGAGGCGGACCCCGCUCGGUCGCCUCGUGAAUAUUCAGGCCGCGGGACCGCCGCUGAUUGGACAAAAGCAGGACUUCCGUAUCGAAUGUGCCGCGGGAUCGCGAAACGAUGCGGCAACGCUUAAUGCGGAACGGCUCGCCGCGGAUUUAAUAUUCCGCGUGACAUCGACCGGAAUCCGAUCGCGCGACCAUCCACGCCCGGCGGCUGCUAACCUCGAGGACGACCCAGUUGCCGAGGACACCGGAUUCACCUCGGCCAUCCUGCGAGGACGCGGCUCCAUGCAGAUUUAACUCGGCUCGUUCUCCUGUUGCUUCGCCGGGACAUCGCAUCGCGCCCUGAAAUGAGCCUGCUGCGAUUCGGCCCCUUCAAGGACGCGAAGAAACAGAAUGGGGCGGCUCUACGGACGAACAGUUUGGGCUCGGGCGCGAGAACACCGCCCCUCGAGAGGAAAAGCAAGUUCUCGGCCCUCGGUAGACUCUUCAAGCCGUGGAAGUGGAAACGGAAAAAGAAAUCGGACAAGUUCGAGGCCGCCUCCUUGUCGCUCGAGAGGAAAAUCUCGGUACGAGCUAGCAGGGACGAGCUGGUACAGAAAGGGAUCCUGCUGCCAGUGAUAAGGUCCACGUCGUUUCCGGAAAACGAGACACCCGGCGACUCGACGGACGGCCAAAAACCGCCGACGCCGCAACAGCCGCCCCAACACCAGCACCAACACCAGCAGCAACAGCAGCAGCAGCAGCAGCAACAACAACAGCAACAACAGCAGCAGCAACAACAACAACAACAACAACAGCCGGCCGGCGGAGGUGUUGGCGCCGGUGGGUGCAACCCCGCAGCAACACCCACGUCCGCCGGCACGGUGCAGCAAUCCCAACAAUCCCAGCAAGCACCGUCCGCCACGCCGACACCGACGACAGCCAAUCCGCAUUCUACAGGACCGGCCAGCAAUCAACCCUCGCCGCAUCUAUCGCCCCUUUAUCCAGGGAUCCCGCAACCCGCCCAACCCAACGGCAGCACGCAAGAGCCGAAGAAGGAAAAGACUGAACAGAGUGCAAAUGGCGCGGUAUCGCCGAGCGGUGAGCCGCAAGCGAAUCAGGGCACGGCUACGACCGGCAGCGUGCCGGUCUCGGCCGCAGCCCCGAAUUCGGGGGACCAGCAAAAGCCGUGUAGGCCAAACACCCUGGAAGCCAGGGUGGUAACCAGGAGACUGAUCUUGUUCGACAUGGAGAAGGGGGUCCUAGACCAAAGCAGCGAGAGCCAGCAGGUGAUCGAGAGGUGUUACCCUCUUCCGCCUCAGAACCCGUUGAUGCUGUCGGAGCUCCCGGAACCGCCGAUUCCGUUGAGCGAAAUCGGGCCGAUUCCGCCUCCGCCGAUGUUCAGUUCUUCGAGUCCCACUCUAUUGUUGGCCAAACAACGGUACAUUCGGAACACGUCGGAUUACGAGGACGAAGAGGACGAAGAGGACUUUGACGUCGAGGAGGAGGACAACAUGUUCGUGUUCAGAAUGUCCCAGCCGGAUCCGGCGAUCGACACGUCGCGGGUCGAGGAGAUCCCCGCGAAGGAGCCUAAGUUUCACGCGGUGCCCCUGAAGAGCGUGCUGAAGAAGAGGAGUUCCGGAAGCGGGCCGGGGACGCCGCAGAACACUCCUACGCAGGAGAACAGGCCGUUGACGCUUCGCCAGGAGCUGCACGCCUCGUUCAAAAGGCCGUUGAGGCCUAGGAUGCGAAUAUGUAGUCGACCGGUCAGAUUUGGCCUCACCCUGCCGUGCACUUUGGAGAACAAGGAGAACGCGAGGCCGUACGUGAUAAGGGAGGACGUCGACGGGGACCCUGGCGAUGGACAGGUACUUUACAGGGAAGAGUACGAAGACGAGAAGAACCGGCUGGCAGCGAAGAUUGCGCGCAAGGAGUCGCUGUCGCUGAAGCUCGCUCUCAGGCCCGACAGGCAGGAGCUCAUCAACAGAAACAUCCUUCAGCUGCAGACGGACAAUGAGAGGCAGGAAACGAAGGAGGCAAUUGGUGCCAAGCUCAUCAGGCGGCUGAGCAUGCGACCAACCCAGGAGGAACUGGAAGAGCGGAAUAUCUUGAAAAAACAAAGUCCCGCCGAGGAGAAGAAACAGAAGGAGGAGAAGAAGCGGUACCUGCUCCGGAAGCUCAGCUUUCGACCGACCGUCGAAGAGCUCAAGGAAAAGAAGAUCAUCAGGUUCAACGAUUACAUCGAAGUCACGCAGGCCCACGACUACGACAGAAGGGCCGACAAACCAUGGACGCGGUUGACACCUAAGGACAAGGCAGCCAUUAGGAAGGAGCUGAACGAGUUUAAGAGCUCGGAGAUGGCCGUUCAUGAAGACAGCCGACACCUCACUAGGUUCCACAGGCCAUGACAAUUGCAAUGUGUUGAGGUGCUACAGUGUGGUGCGGGUAUAGGUGAAGGUGCAGUGUGGUGGCCUCGCGUCGAGGCUGGAUAAAAAGAAAGAAUAAAAAGUCGGGUAUCUCGUUGUUUCCGGGGGAUCAUACACCUGCGAGGAAAUAACGGGCGGUACUCAGCCGACGUUCACGGUGGGGCUUUUUCUUUUUUCACGUUGCCGUCAUUCGCCGUCGACGUUUCAUCGUUUUCACCGUUAUCAUCGCCGAUUCACCGUCGUCCGCCGUCCACGCUGACGACGUACCACGUCGCUUCAAGAUUGUGAUAAGGGUGGAUCCGCCUCCCUAAUCAAUCGCGGCGGGCCACUAGACGAUUAUCGUCAUCGGGGGAAGCUCGUUCGCCGCCGUGACGCGCGUAUCCUUCAUCCGGCAGGCUUUCCCGCCUGACGGACCGGCGUCUAGCACGCUUCCUAAACGGCUAUUGCAUUUACCGGAUGCAAGCGACGCAACGAAAUUUGUUACGAAAUUCGUGAGCCGCCGUGACUUCUCUCCUCCGCGUUAACGAGGACUUUGGGAUCGUUGGGGUAGCUAAAUUAUCCCGAGGAACCGAAACGCCGGGGACGCACGGAUCCUCGAACGAAGCUUUUCGAGGAUAAUGGAGUAAGUGAUUUCAGAUCGAUCGAGCCUCGAGGAGGAUUUACGCGGGUCGGAACUGUUUCGAGAUCUUUUUUCCAUCGAUUUUCCACCGAGACCGUGGAUCCCCUAAAAAUCUCUUGUUCGGAGAGGUCGUUCUUUAUCGCGAUUAGACGCUUCAUUUGGUGGAAGUCUGAGAGCCUUUUUCACAACUGUGAACUCUGUAUGAAAGAAGUUUGCUAAUUUCUGUUCAAGUGAACAUUUUUCAUGGAAAUUCGUUACACAGGAAUUUGUAUUUAUCUACGAUUAUUUACCGAAUUAUUUCGUUGGAAGCUGAAAAUAUCAAGCGUACGAUCUUUUAAACGCGAUCACCGAUCAGAAUCGUGUAAGAACGAUCGGAUUUGUAACAAUCCACGUUGCACAAGAAUGGAACGAUCUUUCCGGUCAAGGCACUAGUUUAUUCAUCCAAUCUUUCUUCGUUUUAUCGAACACUCGACUAAGAACACUUCUCGUGUUCAAGCUCGUUACAGACGUCUGACACGGAGCGCGAAGUAUCGAGCGUUUCGCUGUUGCAACGGUUUCCGAUUGCACGCGUUUAGUUGUAACAAUGGGGCGUGGAAUCGCGCGAGGCACGAAACAGUUCCGACGAUUGGCCAUUUAGGGGUGCGGAAUCGUCUAGCGGUUCGCAGGGUUCGCGUGGAUCGUUAAAUACCGGGGGCCACGACGCGGAAGAGAAUCGGAACGCCGAAAAGGGGAUCGACAAGCUACGUUUCGUAGAAUCCGUUCGUCGUUGUCGCGUCAACGAAGGCGUAGUUAACAAGUUCGAGCGUGAUCAUCAAGAUGGACAGCGGCGGGGAGGACGGGGUGCGCUAAUUAAUUCACGCGCGAGCGAUCGCGAACGAGCUUCCGUCUGGAAAUGUAAAAAACACACACACACCUCGUCUCGUUUUCGCCAUCGAAGCUAGCUCAUCAUCAGUGUCACCAAGGCAUCACCGUGUGUAUACGUAAAACAAAAAAAAAACGAUCUUCGCGAAUUUUAACCCUUUACCGUUCGUGUGACACGUCUUGUGAAUAUAUCUUCUUGCGAAAUA